AUGUUGAAAUUACAAAGAAAGAAUUUUUUUUUAAAUUAUUUCCACUUAUAUUUGUAUAAGAAUUUAAUGAGCCCAUUUAAGUAUUUUGUACAUACUGACAAAAAUGCAAUACUUCAAAAAAAAUAUGAAAAUUUAUUGAAAUUUGAUGAUAAAGUUAAUGCUGAAAUAGAAACAGUUAAAAAAAAAUAUGAGAUUGAUGAUACAUUUUGUUCAUAUAUAACAAAAAGAAAAAGAUUUUUUAAUUUAAUUUCAUAUGAAAUAAAAAAAUACGAGGAAAACAUUUUUUAUAAAAAAAGUGAUGGUAGUGAAAAUGCCUUUUUAUAUUCAAAUAAAAUCAAACCAUUAAAAUAUUGUGAUAGGAUAAGUGAUAUAUUACUGGUUAAUUGUAUGUAUUAUAAUAAUAAAACAAUUACAAAAAAAAAUCUGUUUGAUGUACUUUAUAAAAAAUACAGUUUAGUAUAUUUUUUUUCAGAUACCAAACAUAUCAAUGAAAUGAAUAAAUAUUUAGAAUAUUUUGAGAAUAACAAAAAAAGUUAUAAUAUAGAACAUAAAAUAAAUCAGGAAUGUUAUCUAAAAUUAAAAAAAAAACAAAAACCAAUUCAUUUAUUUUAUUGCUAUGUAUCACCUUAUAAAUUUUUAUUGUCCAAUUAUUUUAGUAAAAAAAUUUCUGAAAAUUUAAAAAGUAACUAUUUCAAUAAUAAAAAUUUUUUUUUUAUAAAUAAUAAAUUAAAUAUCAGUGAUGAAAAUACGUUAUUAUUAUUAGGAAAUAAUUCCUUACCAUCAUUAUUAUUAUUUGAUGAACAUUGUUAUGUUAGAUAUCAUAUAAAAGGGUUGUUCACUAAUGAGGCUUCUUACUAUCUUUUCAAUGUUUUAUUGAAUAUAUGA